AUGCUCGCGCCCCUGCGCUCUCUUCGUGCGCUGCACACCACCCCCGCCCGCGCUGGCCCCAGCGCCGCCGACUUCCUCGCCCGCCUGACGGGCUCGCAGGCGACCGCGGCGGGGUCCUCCUCGUCUUCGUCGUCCGCUGCGGCCGGCUCGUCCCAGCAGGCGACACCGCAGUCGCCGCACGACGCCGCGCGCAACAUGAUCGGCAGCGUCGGCAUGCGCGACCUCACGCUCGAGGAUGACGGCCGCCAGCCGUUCCGUCCCAACCUGAUCACCCCGCCCAUGUUGUACGCCCACGACAAGUUGUACGGCCGCGAACACAGGGGCCAGAAGCGCCCGCUCCUCGGCCCGCCCAAGCGCAUCGCAAAGCAGAUCGACCCGUUCUACAUCCGCAAAGCCAACCCCGUCGACCACGCCCUCAACCCCCUCAUGGCCGGCGCGUUCAUCAACCCCAUCGGCAAGAUCCUCAGCCGCGCAGAGACGGGCCUCACGUGGAAGUCGCAGCGCCGUGCCGGCAAGCUUGUCCGCCGCGCCCGCGCCAUGGGCGUCAUCUCCUACUUCUCGCGCGUGCCCCGCCCCGGCGGACUCGGCGACCGCGACUACAAGAUGUCGCCGUUCUAG